AUGGCGCAUACUACUAAGGAGAACAGAGAUAUUUAUUAUAGGAAGGCGAAAGAAGAAGGGUUUAGAGCAAGAAGCGCCUAUAAACUUUUACAGAUUUUCGAGUCAUUCCAUAUCUUAUAUCCAACACUUGAUGAAGAAUCAGCUUUAUCAAUUCUUUUAAACUCCUCUUGUUCAUAUUGUGAAAAUACAAUAAAUAAAAGUGGUAAAAAUGAUAAAAGUGAAGAGAUUUCUAGCAAUUUAAACACAGAACACACUCUACUUAAUGGUUAUUCCAACUGUAGAGAUUCGGAUGGAGACUCAGAUUCAGACUCUUAUGACUACUCAGACAUUGGUUUAGUAGAUUACGUAAAUAUUAAACGAAACUGCCUCGGAUUAGGGAGAAUUAAAAACGUUGUUGACCUCUGUUCAGCACCUGGAAGUUGGUCACAACUACUUAGUAAAAUGGUCCACCAGGACCACCGAACUCUUAAAAACGCUUGCAGGAAACUUCAAAAUGAACGAGAAGUGUGUAAAAACCUUGUUGAGUACGUAAAUAUUAAACCAGUGAUUGUAGCCAUAGAUAUUCAACAAAUGGCACCGAUAGAUGGAGUCCAUUUUUUAAAGGGUGACAUAACUGACCCUGAAAUACUACAGCAGGUUCUGCAACUUUUCAUUGAAAACGUAUCUAGAAACAUAAAUGAAGCUUACGGGGGAGAAUGUAAUGAAAAACUCGGAAGAAGUGCACAGCUUAUAACCUGUGAUGGAGCUCCUGAUAUUAGUGGACUCCAUGAAACAGACUCCUUUCUACAGUCUUACCUGAUAAAAUCAGCUCUUUCAGUUUGUUUUUCACUUCUGGAUCCUGAUGGUUGUUUCAUCUGUAAGACUUUCUUCAGCUCAGAAAACACUCCGAUUUUCACUCAGGUAUCCUCUUUUUUCGACUACUGUACAAUAUUCAAGCCUAGUGCUUCACGCUCUUCAAGUUUUGAACAUUUCAUAGUUGCUGUGGGUUACAAACCUGUUGGCCAUAUUAUGAAAACGCCUAAAUCACAUGGAAUUUACAAUGAAAAAGAAAGUGAAAAUGAAAUUGACUCUGAGCUUAAAGAGAUUAUUAAAGUUGCAGGGAAGAUCAUAUCCUGGGACUAG